AUGUCUAAUAGGGAGCGAGUAUUAUACUGGCCCGAAACAUAUACCAACAUUAAGGAGUUGGGUCGGGGUGUGACUGGUGUAGUAUACAAGGCUAUAAAGAAAGACACAUCCGAUGAGUUCGUUGCAAUCAAACUAGUGGACAUCAAUCAGAACAGAGCCAAUUGGGUUCAGGUUCAAGGUGAGAUCAAUGCACUACUCGCGCUCAACUCGCCUGAUCAACACAUUAACAUUAUCAAGAUGAUUGACUGUUUUAAACACAAGACGACAGCUAUAUUUGUGUUGGAAUAUAUAGAUGGUGGAACAUUGGAGGACUUGAUGCUCACGUUUGAUUAUGGUCUACCAUUGUCGCUCGUGUCACAUUUGGUGUAUCAACUUUGUAGUGCAAGCGAGUUUAUGAACAAUCACAAGUGUUCGCACAGGGAUAUCAAGCCGGCCAAUGUCCUGCUGCACAGUCUCAAGCAGAGGACAAUGAGCAACAUCAACAACAAGCUCAACAAUCACAGCAAUGAUCUUCAAACACAGAACAACAACAAGUACAGUUAUCAUCCAGACGACCUACCCAUUCUAAAGAUCACCGACUAUGGCUAUGCCUCCAUCACCAAAGACAUCAACGACAUGCACUCUACACUUGCCGGAUCGCCUCUCUACAUGGCACCAGAGAUCAUACAUAUCAUAUUGGCACCAAACUUGGAUACUCAGAAGGGCAAGAUUAUGUCAGGGUCGACCACUGAUGGCUACAUACCAUUGCUUGUAGAUAUCUGGGCGAUUGGUGUUGUAACGUUCAGACUCAUAACAGGAAGAGACCUGAUCAAUGUAAUAUUCCCACAACUGGACCAGACCACCGUGCUUGGCGCCCUGGUCAACUUGGCCAAGAUGAUUGACAGCGGGGAGUUUCUGCGGUCUCUCUCGCUUGUACCACAAAAAAUGAGAGAGUUUGGAGUCACUGAUGACUCUUGUAUCGAUUUUGUCACCAGCCUACUCAAGUUGAAUCCGAGAGAGAGGCUGUCACUGAACACUGCACUGGCACAUCCAUUCCUUCACUAUGGUCUACUGUCAUUCAAUCACACGAUCAACCAGAACCAUCAACAGCAAUUCAUGCACUCGAACAUCCCAUCCGACAUUGACAACCUCAAGACAGCCGAGCAGCUCAACAUGGCCAAGCCAACUCCCUUCUACUUGAAUCAGAAUGGACAAACUCAAUCGCAGUAUGAUCAACAACAACAGUAUCAAUUGCAACAACAGCAACAGCAACAACAACUACAACUACAACAACAACAACAGCAGCAACAGCAACAGCAACAGUAUCAAUCACUGAUGCAACCUCAAUAUCAACAACAGCAACAACAGGGCUUUCCAAAUAACAACAAUACUCGACUGCAAACUCCUGCAUCGCCUUCGACUGCGGCUAUGAUGAACAAUACUCAAGUCACACCACUUCCUCCCAUUCCACCCAACUACCAUGAAUCGAUCAAAUGGCGUAGUCCACCCGUCUAUUGCAAUGACGGUAUCAAGUGGUCGACACUGGCGCAGGACCCACUGUUCCAGGUGCAAUACAGUGUGUUCACGUCGUUCCUAAAGACAUUCUCGUCCAAGGCCGAUCACACGUAUCGUAUCAUCACACAGACAAGAACGGCGCCCAUCGAGAUUGGCGUGUCCAACGAUAAGGAGUGCAUCAUGUACAUGUACUGUAUUAUCAAGUCUGCCAUCACACCCCAGACCAUCACCAUGUCGAACGAAUCCUUUUACUCUGCACUGUCCUCCAUUCUUCACCAGCUGAAUCAAGAGCAAGAGACCAUAUCAUUCGCCUCUGGUUGGACUACACUGUAG